AUGGAGAGUCAGUCUCUAUUUGCUAAGUUGUCCAAAUGUGAGUUUGGACUUAGAGAGGUCUUAUAUUUGGGUCAUGUGAUCAGUGUUGAUGGGGUGAAGGUGCAUGAGGAGAAAAUUCAGGCAAUUCGUGAUUGGCCCUGCCCUCGGAACAUUACUGAGUUACGUGGAUUCCUCUAUCUAUGUGCUUACUACGGGAGAUUUGUGAGGGGCUUCUCUCAAUUGGCAGCACCCCUGACAUACCUCACAAAGAGAGGAGCUUUCAGAUGGAUAGAACAAGCACAGGGGGUCUUUGAUAGGCUCAAGGAGGUUAUGAGCACUUGUCUAGUUUUGGCACUCCCUAACUUCUCACAGCCAUUUGUACUUGAGUGUGAUGCUUCAGAUGUGAGCAUUGGAGUAGCGUUGAUGCAGAACAAACAUCCCAUUACUUAA